GUAUCACCGUACACAGAGGAUACGCACCUCAUACGCGAUGACAAAGCCCGCAGGUGGAGAAUGGCUCACUUCUGACCGGAAGCACAGUUUGAGCACUGUGCUUACCGUGGUGCCAUUGCGAAGAUCAGCACACAGGAAUUAUGGCUUCGUCUAACCUGCCAACCUUCGAAUUUGCGGAGGACGAUGCGACUACAACAUCUCCAAUGGUAAACAAGGCGCUGGAGCUCGACGAGACGACCUACAGUCGUGAUACACUAUCUCCCAUGUCGGCUCACUUCCCCCCCUUCCUACCUACCAAAAAUGCGAAUCCUGGCUCUCCCCAUCACAGCAGCUAUCUUUCGCCGAACAAUCCCUCGUUUGGAAUGCGCGACAAUGAUCAGGCAGCAAGCACAAACUCAGAGGCUGACAGGCAGCCAUUCAAUUUCACGCCCCAGCAAUAUACUGUUGGCCGGUCACCUGCAGCGUCGCUGGCUGCUACGAAGAGCGCGGAACUGGGAAGACGAAGAGGACACAAGUAUGCUAGAUCAAGUAUUUCCCAUCAAAUUAUACUAUCUCCGACGCCACGCCUACCGCUGCAAUUACCGACGAAUUUGCCCAUCCCAACAUUCAAGGAGUUUAGGACGAGCAUGACAAGUCAGCAGAGGGGCAGGUGGGUGUUUUGCAUUCUUCAAUUUCUGAUUGCGGGCUACGUCCAGUGGAAAGCGCAUGAUUCGAUGUCUAUGACUGCCCUCUCACAUCUACUAUUCUUCGAUGCCUUCAGUGCAAUCCUGUGCAACGCCAUGGAUGUGGGUCGCAAUUUCGAGGUUUGGACGCGGAGCAGUCUACGUAACCCUUUCGGCCUAGAACGCAGCGAACUUGUCGCUGGUCUAGCCAUGAGUAUAGUGCUCCUUUUUAUGGGCUUAGACCUUGUAUCACAUGGCCUCACUCACAGUCUUGAGAACACCGGCGGCCACGUUGCACAUCACGCCCAUAUCGACACGCUCAUCCACCCUUACAACAUCGAUGUCGCGGCUCUUUCCGCUAUUCUUUCCACCUUGAUUUCUGCCGCAACUCUUGGCAACCAUUCGCGCAUCGGGCGGUUCAUUCGGCCUUCUACACAACCAUCCUGGCUUCCUUACGCGCUCCAAAAUCCCUCUCAUCUUCUCACUCUAUCCUGUGCUUCUCUUUUACUACUUCUGCCAAUGUUCACAAAUAAAACAUCAUCAUUGUUUGACACGAUCCUAUCUUUGACAAUUGCGCUGUCCAUGAUCUUAAUUGGCUCUCGUCUCGCCUACAACAUCGGUCGCGUGCUUCUCAUGAGUUUCCCGGCACGCGACGAUAACGAGAUCAAAGACCUAGUUGCGGAACUGGGCGAAGAUAGUGAUAUUGUGGCUGUUGAUGAGGCUCGUGUAUGGCAGGUGCAUUACAGCCUUUGCAUGGCGAAUUUCAGAGUUCGUGUUCGCGGGAGAGAACAAGUUCGAACUGUGAGGGAUAAGAUUGAGAGACUAGUUAAAAAGCGGCUUGCUGGAGAGAGUGACAAAGUGAGAUGGGAGAUUUCGAGUAUGGUGACCGUGGAUAGGGAUUAGCAGGAACAGGGAAGCGUGCAUAGAUAUAUUAGCCUAUCAGGAAUAUCAAGAUAAUUUGAAACGGU